CUUGCUGUGAUCCAUUCAAGAUGCACAAGAAAAGUGUUCGAACUAACCUCCGAGUUGUGCAGGAAGAGGCUGCCAGGACAUUCAAGUUAAAACCAGGACAAAAAGUGUGUCAACGGUGUGAAAAGAAGUGUGCUGAGAAAACAGCCGCAGAAGAAUCCACUAGUCAGUCCAGUGGAGAAUUUGAACCACAAGAAGUGGCACAUGAUUCUCUGGACCAAAGUGUACAGCUGUUAGGAAUUUCCCCCCUAAAACGUAAAAGUGAGAGGGAUAAGCCUGGGUAUGCGAAAAGGAAAGCAAAAGACAUCAACACAGCUGCAAAAUCAAAAAUUGCUGAAGUCCUAGACAUCCCAACAGAAGAACUGACUUCGAGUCAGGAUGAGGGAGGCUGUGAUCGGUGCAAAGACCUGGACCGACUGGUGACACUUUUGAAGGAGAAAUGUGCCACAGCAACCUACCAGGAAAAGAUUAAAAUCGUAACUCUUGCCCCUGAGAGUUGGACCAUUCAAAGAACAGUUGAAGAAUUCAGUGUCACUGAACAUCUUGUUAAGAAGGCAAGAGAGCUUAAGAAAAACAAAGGCAUUCUAGCAGAUCCGGACAGUAAAGCUGGCCGUAAGCUGGAUGAAGCUGUAAAGGCACGAGUGACCGCAUUCUACCAAAACGAUGAGUUCUCUAGGAUGUGCCCAGGCAAGAAAGAAUAUGUGUCAGUCAAAAUUGAUGGGGAAAGACAGCAAAUGCAGAAACGACUUCUUCUAGUUAAUAUAAAUGAGCUCUACUCAGAGUACAUCAAAGAAUCUGGAGACAAGAUUGGAAUAUCCAAAUUCUAUGAACUUCGCCCUCAGUGGUGUGUGCCUGUGACCAGUUCAGGCAUGCAUUCUGUUUGUGUCUGCCAACAUCACCAGAACACUAAGUUAUGCUGUAGUGUGAUUCCAGAAAUAACUGACUACAAAGAAUUGCUAAGCAAGAUGGUCUGUUCUACCGAGAACAGAGAGUGUAUGCUGCAUUAUUGCGACAACUGCCCAGGAAAGGACGGUUUAGUAACCUAUUUAACUGAACUUUUCGCAACAAAUGACAUUGAGCCCGAGGACAUCAUAACUUACAAGCAAUGGGUACUUACUGACAGGACCGCUCUAGUGACUUUGCAAUUGCCAGUGAGUGAAUUUAUCCCACAGGUGUGCAAACAGUUCAAUGAUCUCCGUGCUCACCAUUUUGUUGCGAAAGCUCAAUCAGCUUUUUUGCGUGAACUAAAGGACACCCUUCCCCAUGAUUCUGCUAUUGUUCUUCUGGACUUUGCAGAAAACUAUAGUUUCAUCGUACAGGAUGCAGUGCAAGGUCACCACUGGGACAAUAGUCAAGCAACACUUCACCCCUUCUGCAUUUAUGUCAAAGGAGCAUCAGGAAACCUUGUCUCUAUUUCAUUGUGUGUUAUUUCAGAGUGCCUGAAGCAUGACACCACGACAGUGCAUGCUUUUAUUGGAAAAGUUUUAGCACACCUGAAACAAACACUGCCACACCUUAAGAAGGUACUGUACUUUAGCGAUGGUGCAGCAUCCCAGUAUAAAAACUAUAAAAACUUUAGCAAUUUGUUGCACCAUCAGAAUGACUUCAACUUGGAGGCUGAGUGGCAUUUUUUUGCCACCAGCCACAGAAAAAGUCCGUGUGACGAAGUCUCUAUGGGCUCCUGUGAACUCUGCCUCUCCAAGAAGUUCCCUGUGCUUCACAGAGAUCUCCACAUGGUGAAGUCUCCAAACUACGAAGCGUCGGACCGAGAAUUCUUUGUUUCUACAGAAGUCUCUAUGGGCUCCUGCAAACUCUGCCCCUCCAAGAAGUUCCCUGUGCUUCACAGAGAUCUCCACACGGUGAAGUCUCCAAAGUCUCGGGACAUCUCAUAA